AUGUCGUCUUCGGCCACCCCAGUACCGUCGACUACCCCCAUUCAAACCAUGGAUUCACCUUUAGUACCAGACUCCGAGUCGACUCAUUCCUCGGACGAGGGUGCUCACUACGAUACCCGUUCCUUGACUGCCAGUAUCACCGAUUAUCCGAUUCAUUGGGGUCGAAGAUACCAUCGAUAUAAGGAAGGCGCAUAUCUAUUCCCCAACGACGAGAACGAACAAGUGCGCCUCGAUGAGCAGAACGAAAUCCUCAACCGACUCCAUGGCCGCUUGUUCUUCGCUCCUCUGGACCCAGAUAUUGUUCAAACGGUCCUCGACAUAGGCACGGGCACCGGGAUUUGGCCGAUUCAACUUGCCGAUUCCAACGCGCUACCCAAUGCCACCAUCACAGGCGUGGACCUUUCAGCGGUCCAACCUGACGAUGUGCCCUCCAACGUCUACUUUGAGAUCCAAGACUGUGCCGAGAAGGACUGGGUACGGCCACCUGGAAGUGUCGACUAUUGCCACGUUCGCUUCAUGGCUGGAUCGCUCACCUCGUACGAAGAUUUGAUCCAGACGACGAGGAAAUAUCUUCGUCCCGGUACCGGAUGGUUGGAAUGUCACGAAAUUCAUCCCCAGCCUGUAUCAGACGACAACACUAUUCCUGAAGGUUGGGCCAUGAAGGCCUGGGAAGAGCACCUUGACUAUGCGGCCACCAAAGCUCUCAAACCACCCCGACCGGUUCGAGUUGCCCCAGACAUCAAGACCUGGAUGGAAGAACAAGGCUACGUGGAUAUUCACGAGCACAUCUCCAAGAUUCCUCUGGGUCCCUGGCCGAGAGAUCCGCGCCUCAAGAAUAUUGGUGGGUGGUGGCUUGCUAAUUGGCUCGCUGGAUUACAAGGCUUUACGUAUAAACUGUUCAGCGCCGACGGGCUAAGGUGGUCCCGGGAUGAGAUCGAGGUGCAUCUGGCCGAUGUCCGUAAAGCAGCCCUCAUGAAGUCAGUUCAUUCCUAUCAACGGCAUUAUGUGGUAUAUGGACGAAGGCCGUCUAAGGAAGAGGAGCAAGUUUUGAACCUGUACGGUCAUGGGUGA